UCCCCAACUUCUCUCUUUUUUUUUUUGUUUCCCUGACUUUUCCUUGAAUCCUCUUCCCUCCUUCUCUUCUCUCUCUCGUCUCUCAACUACCGUUUCUCUGCUUCUUCUGUUCCCAAAAUCGGAAACUUUAGUUGGUUGAAUUUUCCUUUGUUUCUGAAAUGGAAGACACAACAUUUACCAAAGUGUUCGUUGGAGGAUUAGCUUGGGAAACACACAAAAUCUCUCUCAGGAAUUACUUUGAACAGUUUGGGGACAUUGUUGAAGCUGUCGUUAUCACUGAUAAAUCUAGUGGUAGAUCUAAAGGCUACGGCUUUGUUACUUUUUGUGAUCCGGAAGCAGCUCAAAAAGCUUGUGUAGAUCCAGCUCCUGUUAUUGAUGGCAGAAGAGCUAAUUGUAAUCUUGCUGCUUUUGGUGUUCAGAGAUCCAAACCUUCUUCUCCUAUUCAUGGACAUGCAGGAGGAAGAGGCGGUAUGAAGGUGACUAGCCCAUUCAAGACACACUUUGGGGCCGCGGCUGCUGCUAUUCCUUCCCCACUUCCAUUCUCCCACUACACACUUCCUUACACUAAUCCUUUUGGGUUCUCUUCAUACUCAAUGGACUACAAUUACCCCACGAGCUACUACAAUGUUUAUGGUGGGGCAACUGCUCAGCAUCCAAUGUAUGGUAGCGGACCAAUGACUGGUGUAGCAGCAGCAACAGCAGCAGGGUUCUACCCAUAUCUCCAGUUUGCUGAAGGAAAUGGACCUAUCACUGGUUAUGCUCCUCUUCAUUACCCCAACCACAUGUUUCAUUAUUCUGCUCUUGCCUCGGCUACCGGGGGAAACUACCCGCAUCACAAUGGUUCACCAGUGUCUCUUGCACCUUCCCCAGUCAUACCAUCAGUUUGCUUUGCAGUUCCACAGGCUUGACCAUGAAGGCUCAUGGUUCAACUCUUGAUUCCAUGAUGCUAUGUAGGGGACCAAUUCACUUAAAUCCUUAAGGCAAGCUUUGUUUACUCCUUUCAACCACAUGCCUCUGAAGUUCCACAAGACCUGUGGCCUAACCAUGGUUGCCCUUUUCCCUUUAUGCUUCUAACCCAUUAGACAAAGAGCCCAGAAUUUGGAGUUUGGGAGUCUUUGCAAGUUCUAGUUAAGUCUCACAUAGGGCUUUAACUUGGACCAUCUUCAUACACAUUACUCAUCUUUUCAUUUUAUUCAUUGCAUUAUGUGCUUUCUGAACGAAGGUUUCGUUCAAGAUAGCCUGUUCGAGCUGUAGAAGUAAAAGAGUUACCGUUGUCUUGCACAGUGCCCGAGAAAGGCAAGCAAUUUUGUAGAAAAACUUAAAAAGCUUAGGAUAGGCUGAUCAACAAGAAAGGAAAUAAGGAUUUCCCGGGAAAGGCACAAGAAGUGAAAUGCCACCACCUGGAAGUGUUUGAAGUAGUGUGUGCAAUGGUGUACCCACUACUUCGCGCUAUAUCCAUUUUAAUGUGCAGUCUUAGGAUUAUUAGAUCUAGGACCAUGUUGUUACACAUUGUCUUAUCGUAGAACGCUAGAACAUAAACUUCUUUUUAGGAUAAAGGAAGUAACGGUGUUUGCUAACCCAUGUAUAUUCUCGGUGGCUAAGCUUUGGAGUUAUAGCCACAGUUGAGCUAACUUUAGAUUAAGAUCAUUUUACGAUUCAAAAAUUUAGAUUGCUCAUCAUAUCUUGAACCAACCCCACUAAUGGAUUGUGGGGUCUUUGCAUUUGCAUGUUUUUGCCUCUUGGGAGAUAUUUUGGUUCCCAUUUAGGUUCUUCUCAUAACAUCAACCAAACCAGUUGACCAACCAUGGUUAGGAUUUCAGGUGAGAGGUAUUCAUCACCUCUUUAUCUCUCUUUUACUCUUUCCUCUGUUUCUUCAAGGACUAAAAACUCUCUUUUAUGUAUUUGUUGUUAUCUUGUAAGCUGUGUGUUUCUGAUUCUAUGUAAGAAAACAAAACCUUUCAUUUUCCAUCCGCGGUGGUUGGAAAAUGAAACUGUGAUUGCAAUAUUUUACUUUGAUCUGAUAUAUCCUCUUGUGUAUGAUUUAUGACAAUGUCUCCUACUAUAUGAAUCCCGAAUAUUCAUUA